AAACCAUCUAGUUUAACCCAUAUAACACACCACCAUGGACCAAUUAAACGUUAAGGAACAACAACAGUUCCAACAGAUUGUUGAGCAAAAACAAAUGAAAGACUUCAUGAGAUUAUACUCCAACUUGGUCUCCAGGUGUUUCGAUGACUGUGUUAAUGACUUCACCACCGGUUCUUUGACCACCAAGGAAACCACUUGUAUUAUGAAAUGUUCCGAAAAGUUCUUGAAACACAGUGAAAGAGUGGGCCAGAGAUUCCAAGAACAGAAUGCUUUGUUGAUGCAAAACAUGCAAAACCGUUAAACCUGACCUUUGAUCUCACUGUACCAUGUUUUUAUUUUGUAUAUAUUUCUUCCAUCGUACAUAGAAACUCCGGUUUUUUGAUAUACAAUACGAGUCUUAUGACAUGUCACACCAUCAACGUUUGUAGAGUGCCAAAGUUCAAAAUGGUGAUUUUCAUACUUCUAGUGCUCACCUCGCACUGGAAAUGCUCGAAUUUAUCGCUACAUCAACAACAUGAAUGAGACAGAAUGCAUGAAAAUGGGGUUGCUGCAAAUACUUGUAGCGUCGACCGUCAACAAGAUGUUACGGCGAUACGACUCGCUAAACGUUAGAGUUGAUGUCACCACCUUUCUUUCACAAUUAAGAGACUCCAAAACUCCGUUCAUCCCGAAGACUUUCCAGACGGUCUUUCAAGGAGGAGAAACCAAGUCCUAAGAAAAAGCCAGAGGAAGACGAGGAGGAUGAGGAUGAGGAUGAUGGUGAAGGAGCCCCAGUGGCAGAAAUUGAGCCGGAGGAAGAGGAAGACAACGAAGAAGAAGAGAAAGGAGAUGAAGAAGAAGCGGCAGAGGAGAACGUUGAAGAAGAGGAAGACGUUGAGGAAGAAGAGGAAGAAGAAGAAAAUGAAGAGAAAGAAAGUGAGGCAGAAGAAGAUGAGGAAGACCAGAAAAAUAACCCCGUGGAUGAAGAUGAAGACGACAAAAAGGCCUUGGAUUCUCCACGUAGAAGCUCUCGAAAACGGUCUAUGUCCCCUGCUGUUGGCAGUAACAAGAGAUUCCAAACAAUUGCUAUCAACCUCAUCAACAAUAUCCAAUCUCAUAGGUUCUCUUCAUUAUUUUUGCAGCCGGUUUCCAAGAGAGAAGUUCCUGAUUACUACGAAAUUAUACACGAGCCCAAGGACCUAAAGAGCAUUAUGAAAGCAGUUAAGGGCAAGUCUGACGAAAGCUAUAACCUGUUACAGCAACUAGAAAGAGACGUUAUGCUUAUGUUUGCCAACUGCAUCAUGUUUAACCACUCGGAUAAAGACUUGGUCAACUUGGCAAGAACAAUGAGAGAUGAUGCUGUAAAUACUUUUAAAUUGUUCAAAGAAGCUGAAAUGUAAUUAGUUAGUGUAAUAUAGAUGAUUUGAUGCU